AUGGCGGUGCUGCUUGAAACCACUUUGGGAGAUAUUGUUAUUGAUUUGUUUACAGAGGAGAGACCUAAAGCAUCUUUAAACUUCAUUAAAUUAUGCAAGAUUAAAUACUACAAUUACUGCCUCAUCCACAAUGUCCAGAGAGACUUCAUUGUUCAAACUGGAGACCCCACAGGGACAGGCCGCGGGGGCGAGUCAGUUUACAGCAAGCUCUAUGGAGACCAGGCACGGUUUUUUGAUGCAGAGAAGACGCCGAGAAUCAAGCACAAGAAAAAGGGCACGGUCUCAAUGGUGAACAAUGGGAGUGGGCAACAUGGUUCACAGUUUCUAAUCACAGCUGGGGAGAACCUCGACUAUCUGGAUGGAGUCCACACCGUGUUUGGGGAGGAUAUAAGAAUAAACCACACCGUGAUCCUCGAUGAUCCUUUUGACGAUCCCGCUGACCUGCCGGUGCCGGAUCGUUCUCCAGAGCCAACCAGAGAGCAGUUGGACAGUGGACGGAUCGGAGCAGAUGAAGUGAUCGACGAGGAAGACGGUAAAGCAGCGGAGGAGUUGGAAGAGAGACUGAAGGAUAAGGAAGCAAAGACUCAGGCCAUUCUUCUGGAGAUGGUGGGAGACCUCCCAGACGCAGAUAUUAAGCCUCCUGAGAACGUGCUGUUUGUUUGUAAACUAAAUCCAGUCACCACUGAUGAGGACUUGGAAAUUAUCUUCUCCCGCUUUGGCACCAUCAAGAGGUUUGUUGUUUUUUUAUUUGCCUGUUGA